CCUUAAAAGGUCAAAAACGACAUGUCGUUUACUCAAAACAACUCAACUCUUACAUAGAGUAGUGGCUCAGUUCAGAGUUUUCCUAGCUCAAACUUGAUACACAAAAAGUGGGAAUCAGGAAAGGAAGGAUGAGGAAACUGAGAUGGGUAAUGGACGGAAGUGGGUUUUGGGAGCUGGACGCCUCCACCCCGACCACCAUCGAUGGACUAGCUCGGCCUAUUCCCGGAGACACACUUCCCUUGGGCUUAUCCAGAGGUGCUAGGCUUUCCCGCCCCAAACAGAUUGAUUUCUUUCAACGAUUCAUGGCCGCCCCUGUUGUUCCUUCUUACUCCGCCGCCGAUGGCUUCAAUCUUCAACGCGUUCUCACCAUCCCUUUCGCUGACAACUGCUUUACCACAUUGCUGGGUCAGUUUAAUUUGCAAAAAUUCGUUUCGUCCAUGAAGCAUAGUGGAGAUAAACCUAAAUCAGCAUCGUCAUGGCUUCAAAAAAUUGGAAGACACUUAAAGAAUAAGUCAUUAUAUGCUUAUGGUUUGUGCUCGGAGUUAUUUUUAACACCUGAUGAUACAUUUCUACUUAGUGUUGAUAAAUAUGUUGAAAAAGACUUGUCUCGAAAGAAAGCAGUUUUUCAUCACAAGUUUCCUUAUCAUGAUUUAACUGUGGAGGCAGUUUGGCCAGGACUUUUUAUUGACAAGGAUAGAAACUAUUGGGAUGUGCCAUUUUUAGUGGCAGUUGAUUUGGCUUCUUCUGUUUCUGAUUCUGGCAUAAGUUAUCACCUUUCUGCGGUCCACAAUUCGGGCUCACCGGAGCAGUUUGAUGGCAAUGGGAGCAAUCAAGCACCCACGAUUCUGCUUCCCGGGUUGUCAGUGAAAGGUGCUUUUGCCUAUAAGAAGGAUAUAGAGCUAUGGAGAAGUAUUGCACCGAAGUUGGAGAUGGUUCAGCCAUAUGAUAUUUUUCUCUUGAAUCCUCGUGUUUCAGCUUCAGGAAUCAUUGGUGCUGCUGUUACAGCUUGUUUUGGUGAGAAUUCAGCAAGGCCAAGAAGAUUGGAAGAAAGUUUUCAGGGUUUUAGAUGCUAUAGUUUCCAGUCUGGCUCUGUAAAAUCUGCCUUACAAGCAGACAUGUUUGGAUCUCUAUUAUUUACAGCUCAGUAUGGGAGCUUCCAGAAGCCUUAUUUCGAUCUUACCCGAUUUCAUGCUCGACUGGAUUUCCCUUCUGGUUCAAAAUUUCUUUCAGGUGCAAUACGGCUAGCACAAGAUUUUGUGAAUUCUCAGCAGCCAACUUCUAAUGCCCUUCAAGCUGUUUGCCCAAAUACAUUUCUCUCCCUUCAGCAGCAGAUUGCUGGGCCUUUUAGUUUGAGGGUUGAUUCCGGAAUUUCUGUUGAUUUGAGGAACCAAGAUUGGAAUAUAGGUCUGGAAGAGCCCAUAAUUGCCCUAGAAUAUGCAUUGCAGGUCCUUGGUUCUGCCAAGGCCAUUGCUUGGUAUUCCCCAAAGCAACAAGAAUUCAUGAUUGAGCUUCGUUUCUUUGAGACUUAAAUUAUUUACCCUCAAUUAUUUAUAGUUUAUGCUACAACCAUGAGUAAUUAGAGAUUUUUUUCACUCA